AUGGAGCACACUUGUCCAGCAUCAGCAGAGAACACAAAAGUUACUACUAAGUGGCUUUCCAAAGAAGUUGAGCAAUCUCUUAGAGCAGAUCCUAGAGCACCUGUGGAUUCACUUAUUAAAAACAGCAAAGUCAAGUUUUCAGUUGAUGUAUCAAAGAGUGUGGCCUAUAGGGCAAGGAGGAAGGCUAUGAAGGUUGUACAAGGUGACCAGAAGGAGCAGUACUAUAGACUGAGGGACUACCUACAAGCAGUUCUUGACACAAACCCUGGUAGCAGGUGUGUAGUUACAACAUUUGAGGACCCAGAAAACCCUGCCCCAACACCUAGAUUUAAGUACAUGUUCUACUGCUUGCAUGCAUCAAAGCAAGGAUUUCUUAAUGGUUGCAGGCCCUUUAUAGGGCUUGAUGGUUGCUUCAUCAAGCUAACCACUGGACAGCAAAUACUUGCAGCCACAGGAAGAGAUGGCAAUAACAACAUCUACCCCAUAGCCUUUGGUGUGGUUGAUAAGGAAGAUUCAGAUAGUUGGACAUGGUUCCUAACCCAGCUAAGAUGUUGCAUUGGAAGUGGUAGCAAAUUUGGAACCUACACCAUUAUUUCUGACAGGCAAAAGGGUCUUCUUAAGGCUAUAAAUGAGGUGUUCCCUGAUUCCCCUCAGAGAUACUGCCUCAGGCACAUAUAUGCAAAUUUUCAGUCAGCUGGUUUCAGAGGAGCAGAACUAAAGAAGCUAGUAGAUCAGGCUAGCUACUCAUUCACCAAACAUGGCCAUGAAUUGGCAAUGGCAGAGCUUAAAGCAGAGUGUGAGGAUGCCUGGAAGUGGCUUAAAAAAAUUACAAAGGAGACUUGGUGUAGGUCUGCAAUGGAUUACAAUUGCAAAACUGAUCUUGUUGUGAACAACCUUAGUGAGGUUUUCAACAAAAUGAUCCUUGAUGUUAGGGCCAAACCAAUUAGGACUAUGUUUGAAGGAAUUAGGACUAAGCAGAUGAUCAAAAGGAGGUGGGACAUGACAGGUGUGACAUGCAGUCAUGCAAUAGCAGCAAUGAGCAAGAUUCACAUGCACCCAGAGGACUAUGUGCAUGAAUUUUUCAAAAAAGCACUAUAUAUUGAAGCAUACAAAGACAUAGUGUACCCUGUCCCUGGUCCUGAAUUCUGGCCUGACACCCAUACUCCUGCUAUUGAGCCCCCAGUGUUCAAAGAAAAAGCAGGCAAAAAACAGACAGCUAGGAGAAAGGGGCAGUUUGAGGUGCCUGCUCCAAAGGACACAAGCAGGAUGGGAACAAUUACAUGCAGCAAUUGUGGUCUACAAGGCCACAGAUAUACUAAUUGUGGGAAAGCUCUAAAACCUAGUCUUGAGAUGAGAAAGAACUUACACCAGGAGAAUAGAGAAAUUUUUAGUUCUAGUGCUACACAUCCACCUCCACAACCACCACCUCAACACCAAACUACACAGAUGCCAGCAUCAUCAGCUCCACCUCCUAAAGCAAAUAAGAGAGGUUCAACAUCAACAGUUUCAGCAGGAGCAGCCAGGUCUUCACCAGCACCUGCAACAGGAUCUGCAUCAACAAGAGCUGCAAGAACAAGAGGAUCAGCAUCUACAAGAACAUUCAAUGCACCAAGAACAUCCACUGGAGAACCAGGGAUAUUGGCAGGCAAGAGGAAGAGGAAACCUCCUAGCAAGUUUGCAUCCUAUUUCAAUGCUAGUGGAAACUAUUGA